AUGUUGUUGUUGGGUGUCGAAGCAACGUCGACGGGAGGGAGCUUGGGGGUCAACAGCGAGCGAGACCCGUGGGAGAAACGUGACGAAUUAACGGGGAAAGACGAGAUGGACGUAUGGGACAAAUGGAAGCUGGAAGCAGACAGCAGAAGCUUCGCAGGCGCGAGAUCCGACAACGUCAACGGAGCUGACUGUGCCGGUCACGUGCCAUGA